AUGUCCACCACAGAGACCGCCUCGCCCAUUGGCAUUGCCAAUAUCGUCGCGAAGCGGGGUGCAGCCUUCACUAUUAUGGUUGCCGGAGAGUCGGGAUUGGGAAAGACAACAUUCAUCAACACUCUCUUCUCCACCACCAUUAAGAACUAUGCCGACCACAAGCGCCGCCACCAGAAGCAGGUCGAUCGAACCGUGGAGAUUGAGAUUACCAAGGCUGAGCUCGAGGAGAAGUUCUUCAAAGUCCGCCUCACCGUCAUUGAUACCCCUGGAUUUGGAGACUACGUGAACAACCGUGACUCGUGGCAGCCCAUUAUCGAAUUCCUGGAUGACCAGCACGAGUCAUACAUGCUCCAGGAGCAGCAGCCCCGCCGAAGUGACAAGAUCGACAUGCGUGUUCAUGCUUGCUUGUACUUUAUUCGCCCCACCGGACACACCCUGAAGCCUCUCGAUAUCGAGGUGAUGAAGCGCCUGAGCUCCCGUGUCAACCUGAUCCCCGUGGUUGCCAAGGCCGAUACCCUGAGCCACGCAGAUCUCGUCCGCUACAAGGAGAGAAUUCGCGCUGUUAUCGAGGCCCAGGGCAUCAAGAUUUACACCCCACCUAUCGAGGAGGACGACGAGCACGCCGCUUCCCACGCCCGCAGCCUCAUGGCUGCUAUGCCUUUCGCCGUCAUCGGUUCCGAGAAGGAUGUCAAGGCCAACGAUGGCCGUGUUGUCAAGGGUCGUCAGUACGCCUGGGGUGUCGCUGAGGUGGAGAACGAGGAUCACUGCGACUUCAAGAAACUCCGUUCGAUCCUGAUCCGCACUCACAUGCUUGACCUCAUUCACACUACGGAAGAAUCGCACUACGAGGCCUACCGUGCCCAGCAAAUGGAAACCCGCAAGUUCGGCGAGGCCCGGCCACGCAAACUCGACAACCCCAAGUUCAAGGAGGAAGAGGAAACUCUGCGCAAGCGCUUCACCGAGCAGGUCAAGGUCGAGGAGCAGCGUUUCCGCCAGUGGGAGCAGAAGCUCAUCUCCGAGCGCGACCGCCUCAACAAGGAUCUCGAGGCUACCCAUGCUGCGAGAUCGAGAGUCUCCAAGGCUCCAGCACUCGCAGCCACGGACGUCCUCCAUCCCGCAUUUUCCCAACUCCACCAAUUUCCUUACUUUGACCCCAACUCAACGGCCAUGCCCCGGACAAUAUUCCCAACCAGGCCCAUCCACACUCUCAAAACACAUAAUGGCGCGGUCAACGCGGUAACCUACUCAAGCUCCGGAGGCACCUACAUCCUCACAGGUUCCUCAGACCGAUCAGUCCACCUCUCGCGCGCAGUUCCCGCAAAUUCCAACGGCCUAGCGACACCCCAAACAACAACCCCGAUCCAGAAAUACGAAGCCCAUGGCUACACCGUCCUAGACGUAGCCGUCGCCGGCGACAACGCCCGCUUUGCCAGUGUAGGCGGCGACCGACAAGCCUUCCUCUGGGACGUGGAAAAUGGAGUCACAACACGGCGAUGGUCGGGCCAUAAUGGCCGCAUCGAAGCGGUACAGUUCGCAGGCGAUGGCGACUCAGUAGUCGUAACCGGCAGCGCAGAUACAACCAUCAACCUCUGGGACACGCGGGCAUCGAGCUACAAACCCAUUCAGACGCUCACGGAAGCCACCGACACGGUCUCAACGCUGCAUGUGCAUAUGGGCAGUUACUCGAUAGCGAGUGGAAGUUACGACGGCCACGCGCGGGUCUAUGAUGUGCGAACGGGAAAUACGACUGUUGAUGUCCUCGCGCAUCCGGUGACGAGUGUGCGCUGCUCGGAUGAUGGUAAUGCGUUGCUGGUUUCGACGCUGGAUGGGUAUAUUCGCAUGCUGGAUCGGUUGGAUGGUAAGUUGCUGACUGCGUUUGGGGGGGAGAAGGCUGCGCGGCCGGGACGCGACAUGUGUAUCGCAAUGCGGAGCUGCGGGUGCGGUCUGUUUUUGCGCAGGGGGGAUGCGGUUGUGCUGAGUGGGAGUGAGGCAGGGGGUGGGGAUGGGGCGGCGGCUUUUGCUUGGGAUGUUCUUAAUGGGGAGGUUACUGCGGCUGUGUCUGUUGGGGGGAUGGUGAAGGCUGUCAGUUGUGUGGCGUGGAAUGAGGGGGGCGGCAAUUGGGCUGCUGGAUGCUCAGAUGGUACUGUCAGAGUCUAUGGGUGA